GUCAGGUAAUAUUUUGUAUUUAAUUAAUUAAUAAGAAUAAAAAAGUAAUUCAUUCGAUUAAUUACUCAAUAGUAUGUUAUUCUUCAUGGUGCUGGUUCACUGUGAUAACAUCAUUAAUGAAUGACAAGAAGAAGAGGAUGAAGCACAUGAUAAACGUUUUUAUUAUCAUACUUCAUUGUUAAUAAUAUGAAUGAUAAAUCAGAAUUAAAUUUUAUAGGUUUAAGGACAAAUAAAAAGAUUUCAUUUAGAAGUUAUCGUAAUUUAAGUACUUGUUUACCGGAUAAUAACACUUCGAUAAAUAUUGUUCAAGAUGAUGAGAAAUUUCAAUUGCCAUAUGUUCAAAUGUCUAAAUCAUCUGAAUCGAUUGCGAGUAUAAAACAAGAGAACAAUUCAUAUAUCAUGUUAGAGACCGGAAAGAAAUCGGAUGAAACUACUGCUACCACUGUUACUACUACAAGUAAUAAUAAUAAUAAUGCUAGCUCAGUUAUCGGACUUCCCAGCAUCAAACGGAAUAUAUUAAGACGACAGCAAUGCACAGUUGAACAAUUAAAAAUAUCUGAAAACAUCACAAGUCAGUAUGCUUCAACAAACAAUUUUAAAAUGGGGAAAACAUUUCAUGCGGAACAAUCAAAAGAUCAGCAAGUGUCAUCUUCUUCCCCAACACCAUUUCAACAGACUGCUAAUGAAACAGCAACUGUUACAAAUGCUGGACAGUUGAGUAGAUCAGGAUUUUUACGUCAUCCAUUACGUAAAGCUAUGAGUUAUGUGAAACCUCAAUCAGAAUCUUUUGUAUCAGUUAAAUCAGCUUCAAGAAGACUUCAUCAUACUUCAACUAUUGAAAAACCGGAUGAUCCAAAAUUUAGAUCUAGCAGCAAGAGUUCAAGUCGUAAUUCACUUUAUAACAAUAUAAAACAUUUCGAUUUAUCAAUUAAGCCAACGAAUGAAUGUUUACAAAUGAAUGAUCAUUCAAAUCGAUCAACUAUACAGGAAGUUUACACUGGGGAAUCAUGCUAUUCAACAGCACCUAAACAAGCCAUAAAAAUUGAUGUAGAAAGAAAAACCAAACAAAAAGAUAUCCGCCAUCUGAAUGAUUUAAUAACGAAUAUUUUACCAAGAUCAUUCUCUAAUGCAUUUAGACGACCAGUAGGUAAAUGUAAAAGCGCAUCGCCUACAAUAGUAAAUGAUCAUCAUAUAGAAAAACUGAUUGAUUCUUUCAGAUUUGAUAAUUUUGAAGUGGAAAGUCAACAUUCAGAGAAAUCUCCUUCUGAUUUCUUAACACCUAAUGAAGCAUCUCCAGUUCUUAAUGAACAUAAUGUACCAACAAGAAGUCAACUACAACAAUGGGAACAAUCAUUUGACAAACUUUUAGCUGAUACAGAUGGUUUGUCUCAAUUUCAUCACUUUUUGAGAUCAGAAUACAGUGAAGAGAAUAUUGAGUUUUGGUUAAUUUGUGAAUUGUAUAAACAUCUACCACAAGAAGAUCUUGGUGAAGAAUCACGAAGAAUCUAUCGUCUUUAUUUAGCGCCACAUUCACCACAUGAGGUUAAUUUAGAUUCGGAAACUCGGAAUCAAACAAUCGCUAGCAUAACAAAUCCAACUAAUGAAUCAUUUAUUUUAGCUCAACAAACUAUUCAAGGAUUAAUGAAUAAAGAUUCUUAUCAGCGGUUUUUACGUUCUUCGUUUUAUUUUGAAUUAAAACAAUUAGUUUGGCAUACAUAUCCAGAAAAUGAUGAACCGACAAAUUCAGAAUCUAAUAUACAAGAUACUAUCAUAUCCGAUAAUCAAACUCAAUAUUUCAUAUCCAGAGAUCCAAUCACUGACAAUACAUCCAGUCCAUGUUCUGAAGAAGAACAUAUCAAGGUAGUAACUAAAACCUAA